UCCAUCACCCCCAAACUUAGAUUUAAGAUUACUAUGAAUUUAUUUAUGUAGGAAAGCAGGAGGGAGGGUCGGUUUCUUUCUUUCAUACCUCCACCGCCACCACCACCAUGAUGAUGAUGAAGCGUCGUCACCAUUUCAGCUUUGCCCGCUCGGCUUUGGAAUUGGGCUUGGUUUCAGUUUCCAAUUCCAGUUGCUUCUUGGCCCACUUGGAAACUGCCUCGUCUUCCACCUCCGGAAUUGGAAUUAUUCAUGCUAACGGUUCACUUCCCCCUCAAAUGAGUGCAUCCACGCCAAGGAUGUUCGCUACUUCUAGCGCUAACUUAUCAGAACAUCUUCCUAAUAACAAUCCUGCUUCUGAUAUGUUAAUCGACUCAUUUGGGAGGCUCCACACUUACUUGAGGAUCUCCUUGACAGAACGUUGCAAUCUCCGCUGUCAAUACUGUAUGCCAGCUGACGGUGUGGAGCUCACCCCCAGCCCUAAACUUCUUUCACAGACUGAGAUUGUUCGCUUGGCAAAGCUGUUUGUAAGCUCAGGAGUAGACAAAAUUCGUUUGACUGGAGGGGAGCCAACCGUAAGGAAAGAUAUUGAAGACAUAUGUUUAAACUUAUCUAACUUGAAUGGAUUGAAAACGCUGGCCAUUACUACCAAUGGAAUUACUCUUGCAAGAAAACUUCCCAAGCUCAAAGAAUGUGGCCUUACUGCUCUCAAUAUUAGCUUAGACACGUUGGUCCCUGCAAAGUUCGAAUUUAUGACCAGGCGUAAAGGCCAUCAACGGGUUAUGGAAUCAAUUAACACUGCCAUAGAACUUGGAUAUAAUCCUGUUAAAGUAAACUGCGUGGUGAUGCGUGGAUUCAAUGAUGAUGAAAUGUGUGAUUUCGUAGAGCUGACACGUGAUAAACCGAUUAACAUUCGAUUCAUUGAAUUCAUGCCUUUUGAUGGAAAUGUUUGGAAUGUUAAAAAACUUGUACCCUACUCGGAAAUGUUGGAUACAGUGGUAAAGCGUUUUACAGGUCUAAAGAGACUUAAGGAUCACCCAACAGAUACGGCCAAGAAUUUCAGGGUAGAUGAACAUGUUGGAGUAGUUUCUUUUAUCACAUCAAUGACUGAGCAUUUUUGUGCGGGUUGCAAUAGACUGCGACUCUUAGCUGAUGGGAACUUCAAAGUUUGCUUGUUUGGUCCUUCAGAGGUCAGCUUAAGAGAUCCUCUUCGUGAUGGUGCUGAUGAUCACGAGCUGAGAGAAAUAAUCGGGUCAGCGGUAAAGAGGAAGAAAGCUUCACACGCCGGAAUGUUUGACAUUGCGAAGACGGCGAAUAGGCCUAUGAUACAUAUUGGUGGCUAAUGCUUGGUUGUGUAGAAUAUAAACUUGGACGCAGAGAGCAUAAACAGAGCCGUCUGUCAUAUUUUGUAGUGCCGAUCUGAGCCUCUCAUUAAAGAGUGGAAAGAACAUGUUGGUGCUGUUUGUUACUGGGGCUGCUGGCAUCUGGAUAAGCAAGCAGUGAGAUACUUGAGCCAGGACAAGAAAAAAGAUGUUGGAUUUGUACUUUUAGAUUUCCUCUGAUCUUUGUUGGCAUUUACGGUGAAAGAAACAUUUUUCCUUGUAACCUAUAUCAUGUAUUAUCGAAGGAAUAAAUAGCUAAAUUGUAUGGACUGAGCAAUUUAGCAAUUGUUCGUAAUUUUGUGUAAUCUUUCCAAUGAACAAGCAUUCAUUUUCUCA